GACUGUGAUUGGUGGAAUUUGUUCAUGUCAAAGGUCAUGUAUAUUUGGCGCUCUUGAAUUCACAACCCCUCUGGCGCGUUUUUGAAAGAUGUUAAGAACUAUGUACUUUGAGUGUCUGCUCGGAAUAGUUUAUGUAGCUUCACUGUAACGUUCUUCACUUUGCGUAAAUGUCUGGACAACUUUUGGGAUUUGGGAGGAGCGAAGCUGCUCUGAAAGUAGCACCUAGCGAAGUCUGCUAGCUUGUUGUUUUAUAACGAUAUUUAUAUGUCUGCUGACAGCACACAGCUGUCCGCCUCACACGAUGAACUUUGCCUCUGUUGCUAAUUCACACAUACACGGGGAAUGAAUAAGAAAAGACAAGAACACCGUCUAUGAGUUGCAGCACGUUAUCGUUCUAUUCAAAUUAUGGCUGGUGUUGUGGCUAUGGCAUCUGUCAUUGAAGACUUUGACACCCAGCCUUGCAAGAAAUCUCGCAGAGAUGGUGGCAAUCCCGUUGUUAAGACAAUAACAAACUAUUUCCCUCCUGUUGCCAAGCCUGUGGAGAAACCCUUUUCUCCUCCCCGAUCCAACAUCAUCAUGGACUACUUUGGCCGGAAGGCUCCAUCCUCUGAAAGAAAGUCCAGCUCACCAGAACAAUGUAAAGGGAACUGUCAGAUGUCUCACUCUGCACAAAAACACAUCAGCCCAGAGGCAGUAGUGAAGCAACCAUCUCAGAAACGGGGUAGAAAGGCCAGCAAAGCUGCAAGGAAGCUUAUGGGAGCUGAAACUGUUAGCUACAAGGAGGAGGCAAGCUGCCUAAUUCUAGAAGAACCAUAUGACAGCAGAGAUUCAGCAGCAGAGGCAGCCAGCAGCUGUGAGGUCCUUGGCAGCGAUACAGCAGCUCUGCUGGCCCAGCUUAGUGCUGAGUCUUGUGUCACUGCAGGGACAUCAGAGAUGGCUGUUAGUGUGAAGCAGCCUGACAAAGAUGCACAUCAUGAAGAUAUAUCCAUAUGUGAGGAUAGCAUUAGAAUUAAACCAGAGCUGAAGAGUAUUACCCUAUCUCCAAUUGUGCCUUCAAGUGAUAAGGCGAAACGGGUAAAAAAUGCUGCACGAAAUUCUAGGAAGAGGCAGCAGCAAGAGGCAAAGCAACCAGAGCCAGUUGAGAACUCCUUGUGCAAUGUUAGCAUGGAGGUUGAUGAGGAUGAAGCCUCUCAGUUAAACAGCAGCACAGUCACAAUUUCCUUUGAGGAUUUUCUACGGAGUCAGAGUGAGGACAAGGGUGAAGAGGACAUAGAAGAUGAAGAGGGCAAAGAAGACAAAAUUACAAUCAGCUCUGAGGCAGAGGAAAUGGACACUGACCAGUUGAAUAUUCCUAAAGCUGAAGAAAAUGUAUGUUCUGGGGAGCCAUUGCUCCAAGUCUCACCCCGAACCCUUACCAUCCAGGCUGAAGUGCAUGUAGUCCCAGCAAAACAGGAAGCAGUGAAGGCUGUGGGAAAAUUUGCUUCUAUCUUUAAUAUAAGAAAAAGGGCCAACAGUCCUACUAAGGUUAUAUCGCCUCCACAGACAGAGGUCAGGCCCCAGCUUCCUUCUACCCCUCUGGCUGCUAAACGAAAAUCCAAUGUUGUUCUUCAAGAGGAUGAUCUAGAGUUGGCUGUACUUGAGAGUGAACUCACUUCCAAGUGCAGUGAGACAGAGAGGAAGCAGUUCAUGGCUGCUUUCAAACAGCCUGGCCUAGAUGGGUCCAAGACAAAACCUGGGAAGAGCCAGAGCAAGCAGAAGCAGGCUGACGAGAAGCGUUUGGAUGCUGCAGACAAAGUUACUGAGGAUGACACUGUAAUUCCUCCCUCUGUUGAGCAAAUCCCUGCUGCUUCUCAGAAAAACAGUGUGGCUAAAAAGAAACCAGCAAGAAAAGGUAGAAAGACAGCUAAAGUAGAAAAGGAGGCUGUCACCACCUCAUCUGCUGUUGCUCCCGUGGAAGAAAUAGCGGUCUUGAUUAAUGUUGAUGAUAAAAGAGAGGAACCUCUCAUCACUCCAGCUUCCUCCAUCCCAGCUGUGAGGAGGUCCAGAAGACAGGCUGUGAUCAGACAAGCACCUGAGCCUGCCCCAACAACCCCUGUCAGAAACAACAGAAAAUGCACAAAGGAUGCUGCUUUACCUGACAGCCCUAUAAGGAUCUCAACCCCAAAGACACACAGGUCCAGACACGGAGUUUUUGUAGCAGAGAUUGUGUGCCCUCCUGACAUAAAACAAAGUCCCAUCAGGAUUAAAUUUACUAGAGUCCAAAAAAAUGUUUCCACAUCAAAGGCUGAAAGUGGCCUAAACUCCCUUUUGGCUAGUAAAACAUCAAAUGAAUCUAAAAAAAGGAAGCAGGCAAAGAAGUUGGUGAAGAAAGCUAAAGUGAUUCAGCGGAGUAAGAAAGCUAGUGUAGAGGAGAAGGGCACCUUAAGGCGUUCAUCACGAAACAAGGCCUCUGUCAAGAAGAAGAACUGUGAAGAUGAGGAUUCUGUGAUCUGCAUUGGGGAGAACCAGACCUCCACUCCUCAGACAGCACCAGAAAAGAGUAAAUCCCAGAAAUCUCUACGUAGUCUGAAUGAUGUUCUGGGUAAAGCCAUGCCAGCUCCUAAAGAGACCAAGACUGUCCCAGGCUCCAAAGUGGCCUGCGUGGGCCAAGAGAAGAGUGUUCGGAAGGCAUCUGCAGUAGUUUCCAUCUUUGAGAGCAGUCAGGAGGGCUCUGAAAACUCCCAGGACGAUGAGCAGUUCAGGGCGCGCAGAGAGUUCUUGAAGAGUGGGCUGCCUGAGUCCCUUAGAAAGCAGAUAGCCAAGACCACUGCCACCAAAGAGGCAUACUCCCUCUCCUGUUCCUCCUUUCAACCAGUUGUACACAUGAAGCAACCACCAAACGACUGCCCUCUGUGGAGUCUACCAUGGCCUGACUCGCCUUUACUGAGUCAUCUGAAAGAGCCGUGUAGCCAAGCAUCCAGGCCUCUUCUAUCUGUUGCUGGCUCCUUUUGUUUGAAGACGGAACCCACCCGUAGAGCCUUCUGUGAAAGGGUUUCUGGCUGGAGACCUGAGAUAUCUGAAAGUGUUCGUCAGCUUCUAAUGGAGGAGGUCAGUGCCUCUAACCCUCCGUUCCCUGUUCAGAUGUUCAUCACUCGCUUCCUGAAGAGACGUCGCGACCACCAGCAGCACUGCACAGCCUCAGAACCAGUUGCAAACAUCCUGCUUCCAGCUGAAACAGCAGGAGGGAAGAGGAAGAGGAUGGAUGAUGAAGGGGGAAACAUAGUAAAGGUGACCAAGAAGCAGCGGGCAAACCAUUCACAAGAAAACGUUUCAGCACUUAGUCCAGAGCCGGCAAAAAGGGGAGGCUGUACAAGACGAGCACAGAGAUCCAGGCGGGAUGCUCCCAUCCCAUCCAAAGAGCUGGAUGACAUGCUUUUGGGAGCAGACACUGGGAAAAAAGUUUGUCCUACAGAGGUGAUGAAGGAGGACAUGCUGUGGACAGACAAAUACCAGCCCCAGCACUCCAGUGACAUUAUAGGCAACACCGCCUCAGUUAGGAGGCUGUACAGCUGGCUAAAGGAGUGGAAACUCCGUACAGACCAAGAAGAGAGAAAAAAGCAGAAAGACAAAAAACAAGAGGAAGACAGCAAUGACUCUGAGUGGGACAGCGGAAAAGACGACUCCCAGGAUGGAGAAGACAUGUGUAAUACAGUCCUUAUUACAGGACCCACUGGAGUAGGAAAGACUGCUGCAGUCUAUGCUUGUGCCCAGGAGCUGGGCUUCAAGGUGUUUGAAGUUAACGCUUCAUCUCAGCGGAGUGGUCGUCUGAUUCUGUCCCAGCUGAGGGAAGCCACUCAAUCACACCAGGUGGACAGUCAAGGGGUCAACGCCCACAAACCCACCUACUUCAGUAGCUACGCCACAAGCAGCAGCGCUGGCACUGUCAGGCCUGGAUCCUCUCCCAGAAAGGUUAACUUUCCUUGCAAGGUGAUUUCCUCUCCCAGGAAACAUCCUCAGUCUCCAAGAGGUCCUAACAGAGGAGGCCUGGCUCCCACCUCUUUAGCUAACUUCUUCAAAAUGGAUCGACCCACCAAGAAGCAGCCACUUAACACUAAGAAGGAUGAACAAGCAGAUGCUUCGAAGAAAGGCAUGAAGGCAAAUAAUGAGGGUAUCAAGAAGCAUACAGAAAUCACAGCCAAAUCAUCAGUAGCUUCAACCCCUAAUGAAGAACAGAAUAAGAACAUGGCUACCUCACUCAUUCUGUUUGAAGAAGCGGAUGUUAUUUUUGACAAUGACUCAGGGUUUCUCGCUGCCGUCAAGACAUUCAUGACCACUACCAAGAGGCCAGUCAUCCUCACUACCAGCGAUCCUACUUUCAGCACCAUGUUUGAUGGUAACUUUGAGGAGAUCCAUUUCAAAAUGCCGUCAGUGCUGAAUGUGGGCAGCUACCUGCAGCUUUUGUGUCUGGCUGAGGACAUGAGGACAGACCUGUCAGACAUCAGCUCUCUGCUCAGACUCAACGGCUGUGACAUCAGGCAAAGUUUACUGCAGCUACAGUUCUGGACUCGCAGCGCUGGUGGCCGCCGCAUAACCAGGCCACUGACGCAAUCUGGCAAAAAUGCCGAACUGAAACCAGAGGCUGAUGGUGAGGCAGCAGAUGUGUCUGUGUGUGAAGUGACUCUCCCUCCCUGUGAUACCGGCUGCACUGAGACCAAGCUGGGCCUGUUCAAUAUAGAACCUGAGAGAGACAUCUGGGAGCUGCUCAGGAGCCGGAGUCCAGUGGAGGAGGUGGUUUGCUGGGAGCUGCUGACAGACAGCAGGCGACGAGGAGUGAAUUUGUUAUAUGCCAACAUGGUGACCCUCUUACCUCUACCACGUGCACAGCUGAAGACCUCUACCCACAAACCGAAGCAAUGUGUUUCUGUGUUACAAGACCAUCCUGUAAAUCCAGAAGAGCCACCAUCAUCCACGCUGCCAUCCCAUGCCAGGCCACCCCAUAGCCCAGAGUCUUCUGAUUGUUCAGACGAUGGCAGUCCAGUUAAAGUUUCCAGCAGAAUGAGGAAGAACAAGAGAAGGCACUGCUUACCUGACCAUGAUGGGCUGCAUGACUCAGACUCAGAAGACAGUUUUCAAUCUCUCUGCAAACAGCCGAGUGCUCCUCGGGCACAGGAGGAAAUUAAAGUCAGUCUAGUGUCAGAAAUAGUGAAAAAGAAGCCACUGACUCCUGAAGAGCGGGUAAAAAGUCUCCACGUCUCACAGUGUCUAGAAUCAAUAGCUGACUUUUUAGACACCAUGUCCUACAUGGACUCCACAUUGCUUGCUCAUCCAGAAGUGGACGAUAUUCACAGAGGAAUGUCACCAGUUGGUGCAGUGGUGAAAGAUGGGAUGACAGAUGAGACGAGGGUGGAGGCUGACAAAGGGAGAUGUGUGAGGGGGGAGCGCGUUGUGGAGAUCCAGGCUGCUGUGGAGGCGCUGAGCUUCCACAGAUGUCGGGUCUCGGUAGCAGAGGCCUGGGACAAAGCCCAGCAGCUGGAAGGGGAGUUGGGAAAAGAGGUUGCAGCAGAACUCACCCUCCCUGUGGCCCCUCAUUGUGAAGGUUACAGCUUCACUCAGGACAGCUCCUGUCAACUACAGCUGGUCCAGAGGAGGAGAGACGCUAUAGAGAGCCUGAUGUUGAGAGGAGUGGUCGGUAUUCUGGGAAACAGACCAGCAGCUGCUCUGGACUACCUGCCAGCCCUUCGUGCCAUCUGCAGAUCGGAGCAGCUGAAGAAGCAGGGAAAGGUCAAACGGAGGUUUCUCCACUACCUGAAUUCGAUCCACCUCGGCCUUGAAAAGAGCACUCUACAGCACCUAGCUGAAGACUUCCCCUAAACCACAGAUGUGUCAUGACCACACAGGGGCCUUAAACAAAUAAUUAGAACUGGCUCUCAGACUGGAACGAGGAACACGUUUGCACUGAAUGAUCUGACCGCAGGACCUCAAGGCCUGAUCUCGACACGAGAUGAGGUGGAGAUCUGGUCAGAGAUGAGUUUCCAUGUGUUCCCUCCAAGAUGGAUAUGACUGCUGACCAGCCGCAUAACCUCACAUCUGAUCCUGCACUUCUUGUGGUGCUUUCAAAGAAUGCACUAAAUAUUACUACAUAUAUGAUUUUUGUAAUAUUAAGUGGUGCUGUGUUUAUUUCUUUUUUGUACAGAAGCUGCUUAUUAAUUCGCUUUGCAUUUUGCAGGGUGGUUUUUAUCAAGUAGAAAUUGCUUUUAAUGAGCAAGUGUGACUCAAUGAUUUGUAAGAGACUAAAAUAUAGUUUGUGUCUGUUUGUAAAAGCUGUGUAAAUUUUCUCCACACACCGUGCUGUUGAUCCAUUUAGGCUCUUGGUUUUAUUCAUAAAAAGCAGGCACCUUUUAACAGGAAUUUAUCACCUUCACAUUCAUCGCAGGUACCGUUUUGAAAUAUUACCUAUUUUUGUUUUUGUCCAGCCUUAAAUCUGUACACAUGAUCCACAAUGGGAUUUUGUUGUAACCAAAUAAAGGUUUAUCAC